CUCAACUCUCCCAACAACCAUUGGCUAGGCCGAAUUGCCCAAUUCUCUUCCUUUGAGUUAUAUAUUUAGUAGUAGACCCCUAAUCCAUAAGGGAACUAAACAUAUAACUUUUCACCUUCGAUAGCUAGCCGGUCGAGUGAAUACUCGAUUAUAAAACCAAAUACGCGUCGACUUCACAUCGGAAUCCUAGCGAAUUAUGGGUAACAUGGGUAACAUGGACUAUGAGUGCCCUCACAGAGUUUCCAUCCCACCAUCAAAGCCCUUCCUCCAGUCGCUCAGGUCCACUGUGAAGGAGACCUUCUUUCCUGACGACCCGUUCAGGCAGCUCCAUGGCCAGCCCACGCCCCGGAAGCUUGUUCUUGGCCUCCAAUACUUCAUCCCGAUCCUCGAGUGGGCCCCUCGCUACACCUUCAACUCCUUCAAGGCCGAUCUUGUGGCCGGGAUCACCAUCGCCAGCCUUGCGGUGCCUCAGGGCAUUAGUUACGCCAACCUCGCCAGCUUGCCACCUAUCAUAGGAUUAUAUUCAAGCUUCGUUCCACCGUUGAUAUAUGCAAUGCUGGGGAGCUCGAGGGACCUGGCAGUGGGGACAGUGGCGGUGGCGUCGCUGCUGAUAUCAUCGAUGCUGGGGAAGGAGGUCAGCCCUGUGGAACACCAAAGACAGUACGUUCAGCUGGCACUCACCGCCACCUUCUUCGCCGGUGUCUUCCAAGCUUCUCUUGGCUUCUUAAGGCUAGGGUUCAUAGUGGAUUUCCUGUCGCAUGCAACGAUAGUGGGGUUCAUGGGGGGCGCAGCCACUGUUGUGUGUCUUCAACAGCUCAAAGGCAUCCUAGGAUUAGUUCACUUCACUCACGAGACCGAUGUUCUUUCUGUCCUUCACUCUAUCUUUACUCAAGUCCACCAGUGGAGAUGGGAGAGUGGCCUUCUGGGUUGCUGCUUCCUCUUCUUCCUCUUGCUCACUAGAUACUUCAGCAAGAGAAAGCCAGCCUUCUUCUGGAUAAACGCGAUGGCUCCUCUCACGUCGGUUAUCUUGGGAAGCGUUCUCGUCUAUCUAACCCACGCUGAGAAACAUGGCGUUCAAGUGAUCGGACACCUGAAGAAAGGGCUGAACCCGCUGACCGUGACGGAGCUGGCAUUUGGUUCGCCACACCUGACCACCGCCAUCAAAACCGGCAUAAUCACCGGUGUCAUUGCUCUCGCUGAAGGAAUUGCUGUGGGGAGAAGUUUUGCAAUGUUCAAGAACUAUCACAUUGAUGGCAACAAAGAGAUGAUUGCCUUUGGGAUGAUGAACAUGGCUGGCUCCUGCACUUCUUGCUACUUAACCUCGGGCCCGUUCUCGAGGACUGCGGUAAACUUCAAUGCGGGAUGCAAGAGCGCAGUGUCCAACAUCGUCAUGGCCACGGCGGUGAUGAUAACACUGCUGUUCCUCACACCAUUGUUCCAUUACACACCGCUCGUGGUGCUGUCCUCCAUCAUAAUCACCGCCAUGCUCGGCCUCAUCGAUUACGAGGCGGCCUUCCACCUCUGGAAGCUUGACAAGUUCGACUUCGUCGUGUGCAUCAGCUCAUACAUUGGGGUCGUGUUUGGUAGCGUCGAGAUCGGCUUAGUCGUAGCAGUUAGUAUGUCCCUGCUAAGAGUGCUCAUCUCCGUAGCAAGGCCAAGAACAACUGCAUUGGGCAACAUUCCCAAUUCUAUGAUCUAUCGAAGCAUCGAUCAGUACCCGAACGCAACCAAAGUCCCGGGAGUUCUCAUUCUUCAGAUCGAUGGGUCAAUCUACUUUGCCAACGCAAACUACUUAAGAGAGAGGAUUACAAGAUGGAUCUACGAAGAAGUAGAAGACAAGCUGAAAGCUACGUUGCAGUAUGUCAUACUUGAUAUGAGCGCGGUAGGUAGCAUCGAUACAAGCGGGAUCACGAUGCUGCAGGAGAUCAAGAAGAACAGCGAUCGAAUGGACUUAAAGCUCAUGCUGGCGAACCCAAGAAGCGAGGUGAUAAAGAAGCUCGACAAGUCGAAGUUCAUUGAAAGCCUAGGCCAGGAAUGGAUUUAUCUCACGGUUGGGGAGGCUGUAGCAGCAUGCAACUUCAUGCUGCAUACAUGUAAAUCCAAUCCACAGGACAGCAAUGUCUGAAUGACUCUCGUAGUCAGCAAUAUAACUAGAGAUCGGGGGAAGAAUAUGAACGAAGAGAACUAACGGGACUAUGCUAUAUAAAUAUAUGUAAUAUAUGGUGUAUUGAGUCAAAAUCUCGCUGAAAUUGUGGCAAUCCUGCAAUUUUAAAAGGGAAUUUCUGUGAUGCCUCCUUCCAUACAAUGCAAGUGAAACCUCCAGAAAUUCUAGAGGAUCGGGAAAGUGUAAUCUUACAUUUCAUACAGUACAGACCAGUGUAUCGGAAAGUGAUCAUGAGCUGGUGGAUUCGAUGUUACCAGGUCGGAUUUCUGA